CCCCUAAUUAACCUGAUUUUUUGCUGCUAAUCACUCACAAUGGAAUCAAAUCACAAAUCCGGGGAUGGAUUGACCGGCACACAGAAAGAAGCCGCCCUCCGUGCCUUAAUUCAGCGAACGGGAUAUAAUUUGAUCCAGGAAAAUGGGCAGAGGAAAUACGGAGGCCCCCCCCCGGGCUGGGAUGGCCCUCCCCCGGAGAGGGGCUGCGAGAUCUUCAUCGGGAAACUGCCCCGGGACCUCUUUGAAGAUGAACUCAUCCCACUGUGCGAGAAAAUUGGCAAAAUCUAUGAAAUGAGAAUGAUGAUGGACUUCAAUGGCAACAACAGGGGCUAUGCCUUUGUGACCUUCUCCAACAAACAGGAGGCGAAGAACGCAAUAAAGACCCUCAAUAAUUAUGAAAUUAGGAACGGGCGGCUCCUGGGGGUGUGUGCCAGCGUGGACAACUGCCGCCUGUUCGUGGGGGGCAUCCCCAAGACCAAGAAGAGGGAGGAGAUCCUGGCGGAGAUGAAGAAGGUGACGGACGGCGUGGUGGACGUCAUCGUGUACCCCAGCGCCGCAGACAAGACCAAGAACAGGGGCUUUGCCUUCGUGGAGUACGAAAGCCACCGGGCAGCAGCCAUGGCCAGGAGGAAACUGCUCCCAGGAAGGAUCCAGCUCUGGGGACACCCCAUCGCCGUGGACUGGGCAGAGCCAGAGGUGGAGGUGGAUGAAGACACCAUGUCAUCAGUAAAAAUCCUCUAUGUGAGGAACCUCAUGCUCUCCACCACUGAAGAGACCAUAGAAAAGGAGUUCAACAGCAUCAAACCAGGUGUGGUGGAGAGAGUAAAGAAAAUUAGAGACUACGCCUUCGUGCACUUCAAUAAGAGAGAACAUGCUGUGGAAGCUAUGAAAGCAUUGAAUGGGAAGGUGCUGGACGGGUCCCCCAUCGAGGUGACUUUGGCCAAGCCUGUGGACAAGGACAGCUACGUGAGAUACACGCGUGGCAUGGGCGGCAGGGGCCCCGUGCUGCCAGGGGAGUACACCUACACCUUUGGGCACGUGUACGACCCCGCCGCCGCCUACCUGGGCGCCCCGGUGUUCUACGCGCCCCAGGCCUACGCCGCCAUCCCCAACCUCCACUUCCCCGCCGCCAAGGGGCUCAGCAGCAGGAGCAUCAUCCGGCCCCCCUCCAUCCGAGAAAUUUACAUGAAUGUACCUGUAGGGGCUGCGGGAGUUAGAGGCCUGGGAGGCCGCGGCUACCUGGCGUACACGGGCCUGGGCCGAGGAUACCAGCUCAAAGAAAAGAGGGGAGAGGACAAACUCUACGACCUCCUGCCAGGGAUGGAGCUCACGCCGAUGAACCACGUCACACUAAAGCCCCAAGGGAUCAAACUCGCUCCUCAGAUCUUGGAAGAAAUCUGCCAGAAAAACAACUGGGGACAGCCUGUUUACCAGCUCCACUCUGCAAUCGGCCAAGAUCAAAGACAGCUCUUCCUGUACAAAAUCACCAUCCCUGCCCUUGCCAGCCAGAACCCCGCCAUACAUCCCUUCACGCCGCCCAAGCUCAGCGCCUACGUGGACGAGGCCAAAACCUACGCGGCAGAGUACACCCUGCAGAGCCUGGGCAUCCCCGUGGAGGGGGCAGAGGUGCCUCCAGCAGCACCAGCUUUUCCAGGUACGGGAAGGAUACACCAUUGCUAAUGCAGCUGCCACUGUCACAGCCACUCAGCUCAAACAAGCAGUGACUGUGGGACAGGAUUUAGCAACUUAUGCAGCGUACGAAGCCUAUCCCGCCUUCGCGGUCGCCGCACGCAGCGAUGGCUACGGAGCAUUUUAGUCCUGGCUUUAGUCAAGGUCCCUGAAAUCAAGCACAGGCAGAAAGGAAAAAAAAAAAAAGUAUCCCAGUCUGGUAAUUUUUACACCCUCUCGAUUUUAAACUCACCUGUUGCCUGAGGUUCAUCUUAGUCGGAGUUUCGGUCUUGGAGUUCUUUAGGUUCGUAACGGGAUAUUUGGGGGGGGGGGGGGGGAAGGGAGAAAUUAAAGGGAAAAAAUCGCUCAGAAUCAGAUUUUCACAGUAGAAAGCAAAAGCUCAGCCUAGAAAAUGAGCAGGUCUCAGGUGUGUGUAUAUAUAUAUAUAAUAUAUAUAUAUAUGUACAGCCUAUUGUGUGUGUGUUUACAAGCAACGACCUGUGCUGAAUACAGUUGGUCCCGUGGAUGUUGUGACACGGGACAGGGGAAGGAAGGGGUGUCCCCAGCAAAACCCUCCAUGCAUCAGGAAUUCUCCUACAUUCACCCAAAAAUUCCUCCUCCAGCCCUGACUCCUUGGCCACAUGGAUUUGCCUCUCGCUGCCACCAGCACUGUGGCGAUGUGUUCAGGCACCUCAGGUGUCUUGGAGGUUCUUUCUGGCACAGCCAAGGCAAAAAGUCACUUGUAACAAACCUUUCUGCCCAGCCAAACGGGCUGGUUGCCAUGCUGAUUCGAUUUUUAGAGCAGGAGGCAAGCACUGAGCAGAGCUUUCCCUCUUGCUUUGCUCCUUCCCAACCACGUCCGCAAAUCAGCAAAUAACGGUGCAUUUUUGUCCUCUUCCCAGCAAAUGGGAACAUUCACUGAAAGACAGGAAAACUUUCAGGACUAUUAAGGCUGAGGACCAGAAAAGAGCUAUUCAUUAAGGCCAGUUCUCUACUUAAUUAGAGCAUGAGAGCUCACAGCCAUGGCCCAGUAAUAACAGGCACCUCUACAGGAACAAAAUGAUAUCCAAGGAACAUUUCCACAGUUUGGAAAAGGCCUUGCCUGGCUGCCAGUGCUGCUUUACACAUCAAAUCAAGGCUUCUGGCUGCUGUCAUUCCACCAAAACUGAAUUUACUGGAACAGCAGUAAAGGUACCUCUUGCUUUGGAGAGCACCAGAGGUUGGUGUUGUGUCUGAACACUUUAGGGAUGCUGAGAGCACCCCUUGCUUUACAGCAGGAGGGCAUUACCCGUUUAUUUUUGCCAUGGGAUUGAGGCAGGAGUAGUGAUGCUCUGGAGAUAUCCUAUGCAGUAAUGCACACUGUGAAAAUUCAGUCUAGGACCAGAAAAAAAACCCCCUUUUUUGAGGGGGGAGAGUUUACAGCUGGGUUGACAACACCCAUCGAGUCCAACAGAUCUGGCCCCAAAUUUCCCACCUGGUCUGGGUGACGGGAUGUGGCACCAAACAAGCCAUUCCAGGAGGAGUUUUUCCCAUGCAUCCCCAAAACUGUCCGAGGCACAGAGGUCUGUGACGAGGUGUUGGCUGCUGGGAAGGCAGUGUUUUCUACUCUCAUGCUCCGGCUGACUCGGCUUCGCUCGGAAUGGAACAAAACCACACAAGCUGUGAAGUCUGUGGUCCCGUUAGACCCCUCCUAUUUAUAAAGUACCUCGUUGGGGUGACCCUAAAGGUAUUACAAGCCCUCUGUGGCUGCUGUUGGUCACACUUGAAAUGACAAACCUGUUCACAGAGGGCUGAAUAACCAAGAGUGUUAUGGAUCUUGUGGCUUUUUUCCCCUCUUCUGUCUAUGUCUUUAAGUCGUGUUUGCCGACGAGUAACACGUCCCUGAGUGUGUCUCUCUCAAAGGCCACUGUUGGCAAGAAUUGUUUCUCACUUUGCCUGUUCAGUGACUUUAGUCUGCUUUUUCAGCUAUUUAUAUGAGUUCAGAAAGAUGUCAAAGGAAAGGGCAAGAAGCAGUAUUAAAAAAGUGUGUGCAUGAAGCACUUAUUUUUGUACACUAGUACAAUAUUUGUAUAGAGUUUUAACACUAUGGAGUGUAGCAAAAAAAAAAAUAAUCACACUUUCUAUUUACUGGAGGACAAUCGUGCAUGUUUAAAGGGAAUGAAGUGGGAAUGGCAUCUCAAUCAUCCAUUACAAGCAAAUUAUAACUGGGAUUAAAUUCUGUGAAGCAGGUCUGUAAUUUUAGAGUAAUCCGAGGACAUUCACUGGACUUUGAAACAUCAUUAAAACUUUGUAAGCCAA